GGCGAUUGUUGACAAACUCGCCUCCGAAGGCGGCCCCGGCUGCGGCGGCGGCGGUGGCGGCGGCGGCGGCGGUGGCGGGAGUCUCGGGGCCCGGAGCUGCCCAGGCUUCCCCAGCCCGCCCCCCGCCUCUGUGACCGUCCGGACGCCGCUCGAGCCUCCGCAGCUCCCGCCACCCCAAGCAGCCGGUCACCUGGAGACAAAGCAGGAGCCUCGCUCUCUCCACACCCGCAGGGCCGUUCUCAGCCCCUAGUCCUUGCUGCGGGCCGCCGACCCCGCCCAGGCCGGCUGGGCUGAAGACCCCAAAGGCCGCCCCCUCCCUAGCUGCAGCACCGACCCUCCUCCAACUUCCUCCCUUUUUCUCCCCGUGCGCCGCGGACACGCUCCAAAUCUAAGCGAUCACCACGGCCACUGGCACGCAUAUCUGCGCGCACCCGUGGCCACUGCAGACAGCGAACGUAUCCACACCCCCAUUCCCAGCGUCCCGCGGGUCCUCCACUACCAGCACCAGCACCAGCACCGAGUAACAGGCCUUCGAGGGCACCGCACCGCCAGCCAGCACUGCAAGUGAGUCGCGGUGCCCGGGUCUCUACGACAGUCCGGCCCCCGGAUGCAGCAGGUUCUGCUGCUCGAGGCUCGUCCACUGCGUGGCCGCGGCAGUCGGAGGAAGCCCUCGGUCUCCCGCUGUCUAUGGAUGGUGCGGCUGGUAUCGUCUGCAGCGCACUCGCAGACCGGGCAGGGCUCCCAGACACGUCCGAGAGAACGAACGCAGUAGCUGCCCUGAAACCUCGGCCUGAAUGGGUACAAGGAAAAGCCGAGUCCCGUCAGUUAAAUAACCACCUCAGUUCCGCAAAUCCUCCGCAACGGGCCCAAGCACCCGAGAAAAGUCAAGGCUCCAGACCAGCUCGUACCGCGCAGCCGCUACUCGGGGGUCUCCGGGAGCCGGCCGCGAGGCUCUGGCCGGCUGCCGCAGCCCAGUGUCGUGGAGCGGGGCCCCAGCUCCCGGGACAGAGCGGAGAGCACGCGCUGCCUUCCCAACCGGCCCUGAGAAGCUUCACCACUCCCUCGCGCGGAAUCCCGGCCCGAGCCGUACUUCGGCCAAGUGCCCGUAGCCUUUCCACGGAUGACCCCUCACCAAACUGGACCUGCAGGGGAAGGGAACCCGACCCGCCUGAUCGCCGCCUCCCGCCCAGCGACAAGUGGGACGGGUACGUGCAUCUCUGCCUGCACGUGCUCGGGAAGGGAGCAGGAGGUGGAGCCGAUCUGACUCCGGUGUUUGUGUUCCGUCGGCACCCGGCCCGCUCCCGGGGAUUCGGAGGUAUUUACCUUGCGUUUCUCAGUCCGAGAGUCAGAGUCAGACAUUGGGGGGACGAGGGCCAGGGAAAGGGCGCCGAGGGGGUGGCGGCGGGAGCGGGGCGAAGCGAGCAGCCCGCGGCGAUGCUGGCCGCAGUUGGGCUGGGGCGCGCAGGGCGACUUCAAGAAUCCGGUGGCAGUGGUGGCGGCGGCGACGCGAGACGGAGCGCUCUUACAAGAUCAGAACCUGGAGGCUGCGCGGAGCGAAGUGAAACCUGCACAGCCCUGCAGCUCGGCUCUGGCUGGUGGCCCCGCGCCCGCACCCAAUCACUGUGAGCUCCGCCCCCGCUGGGUCCCGCCCCGGCGCGCGGGCUGGCAAGCCCCGCCCCCGCCGCGCAGCAGCCGCUGGCGCUUUCAGGCUCCGACAGGGACACCUAGCCUGUCUCCCGCGCGGAACCUCCGAUAAGAGGCAGAGCCCUUGGCGGGGCGAGUGGAGAAAGAGGCCAGGAGCUGAUCCCCGGAGGCGUCUGUUCCGUAGCCCCGAAGCGAGAAGGGGCUGAGCGAAGAGCAGGUAAAAUAGGGAAAUGAAAAAAGAACUCGAAAAAAAAAAAAUCCUUUUAAGGAAAAAAAAAAAAAAAAAAAGGCCCAGAAGAAUCUCGGCCUUCAGGUGGGAGAGAGGAUGGUAACUCUGCUCGGGGAGUUAGGAUCCUAGAGAUCGGUGGGGCUCUGAGAGAGACGCCAGGGAGGCGCGGUGAGGCCAAGGAAGGCGGCGCGCAUGGUGAGCGGUGUAGAGAGCGAAGUACUCCCCCACCACACACACACACCCCUUUUCCCUGCGCACUCCUAUCCCCUUCCUCCUUGGUGCCCGCGGCCCCACUCCCACUCCUGCUGGGGUGGGGGGGACGGUACACCUCUGGGUCCGCACCCCCAUAUCUGUUUUCCUAAUGUGGGUUAUGAGUUCUCACCGUUACCCCUCACCGCUAGGAGACAGCCAGGAGACAGCCGUGGCCGGGGAGUAGGGGCAAGGUCGGUCGGGAGAUGAAACAUCCUGCCACGGGGGAGACCCGGUUAGACGGAAUAAAGAAACUCAAUUUAAGGAUAACCUAACCUCCCCCCCCCGCCCCCCCCUCCCCCCCCCCCCCCCCAGAACGAAGAAGGAAGCGUCCUCAGUUGCAGAGGAGCAAGUCAGCGAGGCGUUUGUCCCGCUGCUGGCCACCUCGGUCAGUUUUACGCUGCAUAAGCAGACAUGGAACGUCAGCGAGACAGCACAGCCCCUGGUUAAAGUCUUCUCAGCACAUCCUCCCGCGAAUGCUGAGCGAAGUGUGGGAGGCCAGGGGUUCCCGGAUGGACUCAAGGACCCAUGGCCGGUUCUGCCUCGGGAUUUCGUCGCAAGAGGGAGAGAACGAGGGCGUGCACGCGGCGAAGUGGACGCAGAGGCCAGAUGUCUACCCUGACCGUGGCUUGGAGCUGCUGCCUUCGACCUCAGGUGGCGGCCACGGGUGAUCUCUGAGCCUUAGCCGCCCGGUGUAGUAGCACCCCGGGGAAAAUAACAGAACUCCUGUGCCCUCUGGGAGCCCCAAACCCGACCUAGUGCUCCGAGCUCUCCGUGGGGUUGGGCGAUGCAGACGGGGACAGGAAAAGAACCACGCAGAAGCCGUA